GUAGCAGGAAGACGAGCAGUGCGAGCUGCGGCGUAGCGGAUCCCGGAGGCUGAAGCCCUCCCCCCGCUGUCACCCGGAGCCCCGCCCACCAUCAGCUCGUCACCGCGGACCCCCCCAGGAGCCGCACCGUGUGGACUGUGACAGGUACUCGAAAUGAUGACCGCGUUCGAGGAGGAUCAUCAUCUUCUCUGCUGACCAAGUAACCAGAACUGUGUUUUCACGCAGCAGACUUUAUGAUGGAUACCACCCAAACAAGCUACACAGGUCAGAUUUAUUUCAAGGACUUAACUUGUCAUGGACGAGCCCAAAAUAGAGGGACAGUAAACCAGGACAUGAGAAAAUCCUACCAACUGCGCGGACACCUCUCACCAAAUAUGAACGAGAAGACGUGCACGGUCGUCCUCACCCGGUUGGAAGAUGUCACGGGGGCCCGCCUUUUACAAGGUUCGGGCAGGGCACCGUCCAAUAUCUCUUGUUGGGUCGAUGAAUUUGGGACUUUGAAAGUUCACACUGGGCUUCCCUCUGAACCUAGAAGGAUGAAUUCAAAAGGACAACUCUUUCCGGGGGCAUCUACCGGAGACGGUUCCGUAAAGGAUCUACCUGAACCCCGAAAGCGGAGACUAGCUUCUCUCAAUGCCGAAGCGGUGAAUAAUUUACUCUUCGAGAGGGACGAUGGUUGUUCUUCCAAGAAACUUAAUAAAGACUUAAGCAAACAUAACGAAAACCGUAAAUCAGUCAUGGACUGGACUUCCUUAAAAAAGCUGGAUGUCUACCCGGCCAGCAAAAAAAGCAAACAGAGAUGUAUAGUCCAACAUAGGUCGACUCCAGACGACGUGUACGACGACGGCGUCAAGAGAGUAGCUAGCGAAGUGUCUUAUCCUCCUGCUCCAAAGAGGUUGGCGAGCCUUAACGCUGUGGCGUUCCUCAAGAUCACCAAUGAGAAGGCUCAUGCUUUGAAACAUAGGAGCAAGUCCAGCAGCGACAGUGGGCGUGCGGUCAACGCUUGCUCAAAAUCCAAACUGAAGGUAACAAAAUCACACAAAAAGAACUGCAUGAAACCUAAAAAAGACUUCCUUCAUCAGAAAACUGAGGACAACCAUGGUUGGCAUGGAGGCUCUGACGUUAGGUUUCUACAGCCGGAACAUCAAGAGCCAACGAAGUCUUUGGGUAGAGUGGAGGGCGUUCACGUGGAACAGUCUUCCAAGAGACACAAUGGCUCCCAACCUUUGUACCACAGACUGCCUUUGUUGAUGGGAGGGCAGGCUUCUAUGAAGCCAGAGUAUGGACGACCGGGGGAGAAGUCUCCCACUCCCAAGCAAGACUUCCAGCAGCCUUCAUUUCCAGUACAACAGCUUCAUCAUUUGCCGGUUCCAGGCAGCCACACGGAUUGUAUCUGUGUCUGUGACUCCUCCAACGUGGGAACCCUGGACGGAAACUACAUUUCUUAUGGCCAAAGUGGAUUACCGUGUAAUGGGUAUUCGGAUUAUUCCAUGUAUCCAAAGGAUGAAGCAUGUUCGCAGCCAGCGCACUGUGAGGAACUCUUAGUAUCACAGAGCUCUUUACAUCCCAGCGCAAUCUGCGAGCACCUCCCGUGGUGCACUUCCCGCUACGCCUACGGAGAAGACACUGGCACAAACACAGAUAGUCUUUGCGGACUGAUAAGACUUCCACUUGGCAGGGUUAGCAGCACUCACAUGGGGACUAGUACCUAUCCAUACAAAAAGCCUUUAACAACAGAUGGGUACAAAUCUCUCGACCAGCUAACGAUCCCGGCAGCGGGUCACCCCGUGUCGCCUGCUCACCCUCUCUCAGGAUGCCCAGUCCCAAGUGUCCCACCUGCUGCUGAGCCCGUCCCCUACCUACAGACGCCCAACUCAGAACCUCAGACAAUGGCCAUGCUGAAAACCGCACGCGAAUGCCCGCAGAGCUCCAAACCCCCCAGCGGCUCCAAGUCGGGGGUGCGAAACACGUCGGGGUGCGUCCAUGCGGCCGACGACAAACCCAGCAAAGGUCACAGUCACCCCAAGCAACAAAGAAUCAGUAGAAGAAGAGCUACAAAUGGCUGGAUGCCUCUUGGAACGGCGUGUGAGAAGGCGGUCUACGUGGUGAAUGAACCGGAGCCGGCUCUGCGGAGGAGUUACCAAGCAGUGGAGAGGAACGGGGAAAUCAUCCGAGUCCGCGAUACUGUCCUUCUGAAAUCUGGUCCCAGGAAAAAGUCCAUGCCGUACGUGGCCAAAAUAUCCGCUCUCUGGGAGGAGCCCAAAACUGGUGAGCUGAUGAUGAGUCUCUUCUGGUACUACCGGCCAGAGCACACUCAGGGAGGACGAAAUCCCAGUAUGCACCAGAAUGAGAUCUUUGCAUCCCGUCAUCAGGAUGAGAACAGUAUUGCAUGCAUUGAGGAAAAGUGCUACGUCCUGACAUUUGCAGAGUACUGCAGAUUUUGUGCCUUGGUAAAGCGUCGGAAGGAGGGCUGCCCGAACAGGAAAGCCUUGAUUGUCCCUCCCUCAGAAGAGUAUUGCACCCCCAUACACCGCAGGGUUCCAGACAGCACUGACCCAGAACUAGUAUUCUUGUGCCGGCACGUGUACGAUUUCAGACAUGGCCGCAUCCUGAAGAACCCUCAGUAGCGGUAGAAACUUCUGAAGGAGACAUCAACGUGAAAAAAAAAAAAAAGUGGGUGUCAGAAUUCAAAGGCCUUUGCAGCCUAAGACUGCUUCAGACAUCUUCCCAAGAAGAAAGAGAAAGAGGAGGAGGAGUUGGGAACUUCUUGUAGUAGCCGCCGCUCGGCUCCGGAUUCAGGAACAGACACUGGUUACAGUACGCAGCAGACGAAAGCACAGCACUUCAAUAGAGAUGAGCAGUAAAGAGAUAAAACAAAACACAAAAAAAACACAAAAAAAAAGAGAGAGAGAAAAUAUAAAAUAUAAAUAUAUAUAUAAAUAUAAUAAAGUCUAUAUAUUAUAUAUAUAUAUUGGGGAAGCAUAAGCCAGUACAUCAGGUCCAGAACCAUGGUUGUAAGGUUGUGUAGGGAUGUGUUAGUGCAUGAUUGGGCCCCAACGGGGUCCGAAUGCCUUAAUGUCACACAGGUCCCUUUCAUACCCACACAGUAACACUUCUGGAAGUUCAGGCAGGUUUUUGUUUCCCCCCCUCAUUUUUAUUUUAUUUUUGAGAGUGACUUGUUCCACUUAGAGCGUACCUCAUUCUCUUUUCAUUAACUUAUUGCGUCACCCCCCCUCCCCAUCUCGGCUACAAAACAAAAGGAACGCCCAUGGGUUCAGGAUUUUUUCGAGUAGAUAUGACGCAUAUCUGCUCUUCACAUCAAGCGUAGAGAGUUUAUUUUACGAUUACAUUUUUAAAUUAUUUCUUUUUUUUAAAUAAUUUGCUAUAAGAAAGAGAUAUAAAAUGCAAAGAAAUGCCAAUUCGGACGCAGUUGUUUUUUGCGGAGACAAGACGACUCGUAAAAGAAAUGUAAAUCCGUACACGAUCGUUUUUUGCAGAGACAGGACGACCCGUAAAAGAAAUGUCAAUCCGGACACAGUCAUUUUUUGCAGAGACGAAACGACUAGUUGUAAAAGAAAUGUCAAUCCGGACACGGUCGUUUUUUGCAGAGACAAGACAACUCAUUGUAAAAGAAAUGUCAAUCCGGACACGGUCGUUUUUUGCAGAGACGAAACGACUCGUUGUAAAAGAAAUGUCAAUCUGGACACGGUCGUUUUUUGCAGAGACAAGACGACUCGUUGUAAAAGAAAUGUCAAUCCGGACACGGUCGUUUUUUUUGCAGAGACAAGAUGACUCGUUGUAAAUGAAAUGUCAAUCCGGACACGGUCGUUUUUUUUGCAGAGACAAGAUGACUUGUUGUAAAUGAAAUGUCAAUCCGGACACGGUCGUUUUUUGCAGAGAUUAGACGACUCAUUGUAAAAGAAAUGUCAAUCUGGACACGGUCGUUUUUUGCAGAGAUUAGACGACUCGUUGUAAAAGAAAUGUCAAUCCGGACACGGUCGUUUUUUGCAGAGACAAGACGACUCGUUGUAAAAGAAAUGUCAAUCCGGACACGGUCGUUUUUGCGGAGACAAGAUGACUCUUUGUAUAGAGGUUGGAAGUAGUUGAGUUGCAUCCCCAAUGUAAUGUAAAAGGUGGGGUGGCCCAUUAAAACAGUUUGACUGCUGGGGACCCCUACUGAUCAAGGUGCGGUAGUGCACCUUAGGCAGUCACUGGAGUGAUGGUCAUGCCAAUUAUGCUGGGGAUCACCAUUCUCUUGAUCAGUGGUCACCAAAAUGUGGCCCUCCAAAUUUUGCAAAACUACAACUCCCAGCAUGCCCGGACAGCCUCUGUCCGGGCAUGCUGGGAGUCAUAGUUUUGCAACAUCUGGACAGGGCUUGGAGACCACUGCUUUGAUCAUGGGGGUUCCUGUUGGUCAGACCUGAGCGAUCAUACAUAACUGUUGUGGGCUGACCCCAUUAAAGAGCAUCUGUUGGCGAAUCAGUGUUCUGCAACCUGUUGUAGAACUACAACUCCUAACAUGCUGGGAGUUGUAGUUUGCAACGGCUGGAGGGUCACAGGUAGGGGAAGACUGGAUAACAGGGUGUCCAUUCAUAAAAAAAAAUAGGAUAAAAAAAAGGGUCCACCUGGUGUUUAAAGUCUGCAGCAAUGUGCGUGACCACCUACUGGUGGACGCACAUGCUCAGUUGCUCUCCCCACAGCUAGUUUCUCUUUGUAGCCAAUUGGAAUUAGCCACGAAUGUAGAGGCCCUGCAGUACCCAUAAUCCUUUCUUCAGUUUGUUAGGAUUGUACAUCUGUAUUCGAAAGUAAGAAAUUACUGUAAUAUCCGCUGCCAGAGGAGGAAGGAGACUGAUUGAUUGACUUUGAGUUGAUCAAAUUCAGCUUAGAUUAAUGUUUCCCAACCAGGGUGCCUCCAGGUGUUGCAACACUACAGCUCCCAGCAUGCUGGGAGUGAUAGUAUUGCAACAGCUGGAGACACCCUGGUUGGAAAACAUUGGCUUAGAGUGACAAUCGCUCAGGAGAAGCUGGAGACCAAUCCGUCAGACAAGCUUUUACUAUGUUAUCUGAUUCCUAGAAGCUGCAGAAGCAAAACUGCAAAAAUUUUUUAAUAAAACCCAAGCAUAAAAAAGGACUUUAGCCCCCCCCCCCACCCCCAAAAAAAAAUGUUGCCAAGUUUCCGUAGCCUUUAAUGUCUCCAUUGUAGCCUCUGGUCAUGUCUAAAGCAGAUUUGUUAUUACAAUAUGGCGCCCUGUUUUAACCCCUUCCUAAAAGAGCCAAUUUUGGCUUCUCCUUUUAUUUUUCAUGCUCGCCUUCCAAGAGCAGUAACUUUUUUUUUUUCUUCCUGUCGAAAUAAGGGCUUGUUUUUUGCAGGACAAGUAGUAUUUUAUAAUAAAAUUUAAUGUACUAAAUGAUGUAUUGAAAAUUUUUUUACAUUUUUUGUUGUUGAGGGUUUGGAUGAAACAAAACACAAUUCUGCGAUUCUUUUUUUUUUUUUUUUUUGCUACGGCUGUACAAAUGACUCGUUAACUUUAUUCCUGCGGGACAGUGCGAUUGCGUUAAUACCAAAUUUAUAUGAAUUAUUGAUAUAUUUUUUACUAUGUUUACAAAAUCAUAAAACCUUUAAUAAAUAGCUUUUUGUCACCAUUCACAUCAUUUUUAUUUUUUUCUCUCGAUGAAAUGAAGCUGUGUGAAUGCUCGUUUUUUGUGGGGUUAGCAGUAUUUUUUACUGGUUUUAAUUUGUAGAAGAUUUUUGGGGGGAGCAGAGCAAGGUGACAAAAAAAAAUUAAUUCUUCCAUUGUUUUGUUUUUUCAUUAUGCGUUCAGAUUGUUACGGAUACCGCGAUAUCAGUUUUGUUUAUUUUUAUAUAUUCAUAUUUUUUUUUUCUAUAUUUUUAAUCAAAAUAAUGGGAAAAGGGGGAUCUUUAAAUAUUUGAUCUUUUAAAUAUUUGUUUUUUAGAUUGUAAAUUAUUAUUUUUUAUUUUUUUGGCGUUGUCUUAGUCUUACAAGGGGACCUGACUGUACAGCACACUGUUAUACUUAUUUGUGUAUUGUCACAAUACAGGGGCUAUUGGAUGACAGGGCCUCAUCCCACUUUUUAACUGCUUAGAUGCUGCGUGUCACUUAAGCGGUUAAAGUGGAUAAGAUGUAUGAUCACGGGGGUCCCGCCGCUGGGGCCCCCCGCAAUCCCCCGCAGCACCCUGCAUUUGAAACAAACGCCGGGUUCCUGCGGCAGUGGUCCUGAGGUCAUGGCCACGCCCCCUCGUGAGUUUACACCAUGCCCCCUCCAUUCAUGUCUAUGGGAGGGGGACGUGUCGGCCGACACGCCCCCUCCCAUAGACAUGAAUGAAGGGGGUGUGGGGUGACGUCACAAGGGGGGAGUGGCCGUGAUAUCACGAUCGCGGCCUCCGGCUCCAAGCGUUCUGAACAAAAUGUUCAGAACACUGGAGCACCGGAGUACCACUUUAAGUGGCUGGCAUUGGAAUUAACUCUGAUCCCAGUCACUUUAGCUGCACCUGCUUUGUAUAGAGCAGGCUCAGCUCCUGAGCCUGCUCCCCACAUUCUCCUGUGACUUUUGCCAUACAUAUACGGCUGAUGUCUGGAGGCGUUUGACCAAACAGCACCAUUUUUUUGUGCCCUAAAUAGGGCGACAUAGCGUCAUGACAGAUCUGCUUUAGACAAUGUUAUAGAGAUGGCUCCACUAUUUGUGUCCAUCUUUUUUCAACCAGAUCAAAUUUUAGCGUGUGCCGCGUAAUACUCCUGUAGACCAGCAGGGGAAGCAAAGACGAGCCCCCCCCCCCCCCCUUCUCCCGGUGAUAGCAGGUGAUCUCGGAAAGGGCCCGGUGCCACCGGCUCAUCAUCGUGGUUCUUCUUUCUUGAAUAGGGGUUUGUCCAAACCAAGACAACCUAAAUUUCGACGACAGAUGCUCUUUAAUAUAUUCAGCUUUUUCCCCCUAAUAAUCCAAAUUCACAAUUCCAAGGUAGCAAUUGUAUGAGUUUACUUACGUGUCCCUUCCAAAAAAAAAAAAUAUAUAUAUAUAUA